GCAUACCCAUAUACAAAGAAAGAUAAAUAGAACAGCCCCGACAUGGAGCAACUGGACUCUAAGAGAUAUUUUAAAUUUUAAUACUUUGCUAAGAAGAUAAAGAAGUUUUUCGAAUUAAUUAUUUUUUGUCUUGUUUUAUUUUUUAUUUUUUUAAUCAAUAUUUUUUGUGUCUUAUUGGAGUUUGAUGAUGCUCCAAUUCCCUACCUUUCCGUAACAAAGUUUGAAAUACAAUUCCAACCAACUUCAGAAAGUCUUUCUCAAAUAACCACCACGGGGCCAGCAGGGGAUAAAUUUCAAACCCGUAUUACACAUGCCACGUUCUGAGUUCAAUUGCUGACAAAAUCGCAAGAUGGUGGGCAAAAAGAAAAAAAACAAAAAAACAAAAACAAAAAGUCUUUCUCCAAUCUCUCCAUGCAUGCACAAUCACAAUUCACGAAAUUACGCACUCUAUAUAUAGACAGUGUUUGUUCACUUCUUCCUUACACUACAACGGGCCUCUUCAGCUAAUAUCUUAUCAUGGCCUCUGUAUCCUACUUCUUCAUUGCAGUAGUCUUCAUCUUUGGCUGCUGCAGCAAUGCACAGCUCUCUCCCAAAUUCUACGCCUCAACUUGCCCAAACCUCGAGACCAUCGUGCGCAGAGCUAUGACUGAAUCCGUUAUUAAAGAGUUACGGAUCGGUGCCUCUAUCCUUCGCUUGUUCUUCCACGAUUGCUUUGUCAAUGGUUGCGACGCUUCCAUACUGUUGGACGACACGCCCACCUUCACAGGCGAAAAGAAUGCGUUCCCAAACCAGAACUCAGCUAGGGGCUUUGAAGUGAUCGACACCAUUAAAACCCGUGUGGAAGCAGCUUGCAGUUCUACUGUAUCAUGCGCAGAUAUUUUAGCACUUGCGGCACGAGACGGAGUAGUGUUGCUUGGAUGACCCUACUGGACGGUACCACUCGGCCGAAGAGAUGCAAGAACAGCAAGCCAAAGUGACGCCAACACCCAAAUCCCAGCCCCGUUCUCUGACAUCGCAACCCUGACCGCCAACUUUGCAAGCAAAGGCUUAGAUGCCGAGGACAUGACCGUGCUUGUUGGUGCCCACACACUUGGCUACGCUCAGUGUGCAAAUUUCAGGAGCCACAUAUACAAUGAUACCAACAUAGACCCCAUUUUUGCAAAUUUUCGGAAGAUCGGUUGUCCAGCUUCUGGUGGAGACAGCAAACUAGCCCCCUUUGAUGCAACACCAGUUACUUUCGACAAUGACUACUACAAGAGCCUUGUUGGUCGUCGUGGUCUUCUUCAUUCGGAUCAGGAGUUCUUUAAUAAUGGGCCUCAGGAUUCAUUGGUUACAACUUAUAGUAGGGACAAUGCAGCCUGGAGAAGCGACUUUGCUGAGUCCAUGGUGAAGAUGGGCAACAUUAGUCCUCUAACUGGGACACAAGGAGAGAUCAGAGGGAAUUGCAGAUUCCGAAAUUAA